AUGUCUUCAAAACCAGGACAUAUCAUGCAAAACCCAUCUCCUAGGUUUCAGCCUCAGACAAGAUCUCCUCAUCAUCAUGACCAGCAUCAACAUCUCUCAAAUCCUUACCCAACAACAUUUGUUCAAGCAGACACUUCCACUUUCAAACAAGUUGUUCAGAUGCUCACCGGCUCUUCCACCGAUACCACCACCGGAAAACACCACGAAGCUCCUUCUUUGGCGAACAACAACAACGGCAAAGGAGGUUUCUCGAUUCCACCCAUCAAGAAAACGAGCAGCUUCAAGCUCUACGAAAGAAGACAAAACAAUAACAACAUGUUUGCCAAGAAUGAUCUAAUGAUCAAUACUUUAAGGCUUCAAAAUUCCCAGAGAUUGAUGUUCUCAGGAGGAAACAGUACUGCUCAUCAAAGCCCAAGAUUCUCUCCGAGGAACAGCUCAUCAGAGAAUAUACUUCUGUCUCCAAGCAUGCUAGAUUUCCCGAAGCUAGGGCUAAACAGUCCCGUGACGCCACUAAGAAGCAACGAUGACCCCUUUAACAAGUCAUCGCCUUUAUCAUUAGGGAACUCAUCUGAAGAAGACAAAGCCAUUGCUGAGAAAGGCUUUUAUCUUCAUCCUUCUCCAAUCUCAACUCCUAAAGACUCGCAGCCACUGCUUCUUCCUCUUUUUCCGGUUUCUUCUCCGACGAAUCCAUAA